AUUUUUUGGUGUUUUGUGAUCUCUAACCGUUUGGCGCCGAGUUUUUUGGUUAGAAUUUUAUUUGACUUGAUUUUUAAUUUCAAAUUCAAAAUAACGUUCUCUUCACUCACCGUACUUUUACUCGUAUCAAAAUACCCCAAAUUCAGAUAAUUCCAUUGAGACUAUGCAAGCGGUGCUGUGAAAAACUCCAGUAUUUUUAGGUUAUAAGCGGCAGCGAUGAACUCGACAACUUUAUACAGCAAAACUAUAAACAGUACCCAACUGUCCGUUCCCAGAAUGGAAGUAGCAGCAAGAAACGUCGAUAAAGCCCUCCUGGCUGACAGCAACGCCCCCAGACUCAUAGAUUUGAUGAACAUCAACGCACAGACUGGCCCCACAGUUAGCGGGCUUACAGACCAAGAUUACCCCACGUUAAAUGGACUGCCACUAGCUUUGAAUAAUCUCACGCAAGUUAAGUGCGUCAACACGGUGCCUUUGCCUCCAGAGAUUGUGGAUCACUUUACUCAUGUGCAGUGCCAUUGUAUGAUGGGUCUAUUCUCAGAAAUAGGCAGAGCCUGGUUAACAGUAGACAGUGACAUCUAUGUUUGGACAUAUGAGGAAAACACAGACCUUGCAUAUUUUGAUGGCAUCAGUGAGACGAUAAUAUGUGUAGGGCUUGUGAAACCAAAAGCAGGUGUCUUCCAAGCCUUUAUCAGAUAUUUGCUAGUCAUUGCUACUGCUGUUGAUAUUGUGGUACUUGGAGUAACAUUCACCGAUGGUCCUACAGUGACAACAGAUGAGAUUCAGUUGAUUCCUGAUCCUGUAUUUACGAUACCAACAGAUGGGGCAACUGUUUCUGUUAUAUCGGGGACUGAUGAUGGCAGAUUGUUCUAUGGGACAAAGGAAGGGUCACUCUUUGAAAUUUCCUACCAGGCUGAAAGUGGAUGGUUUGGUAAAAGAUGCAAAAAAGUCAAUCUCUCCACCAGUGCCCUGUCAUUUUUGGUACCAGCGUUUCUGAAUGCUGCACUUAGUGAGGAAGAUGGCAUCUGCCAAAUUUCCAUAGACGAUAGUAGGCAUAUCUUGUAUACAUUGAGUGAAAAGGGAACCAUAGAAGUGUAUGAUUUAGGUGAAAAAGGCAACACAUUCUGUCGGGUGACAAAGAUGUCACAGACUUUGUUAGUUAACCAAGCUAUGAAUACAGUCAAAACCUUGGACAGUCAAAACUUCAGACCCAUAGUAGGUAUAUCUGCAGUGGAGUCAAUAGAAUCAACAAAUAUUAAUCUUGUGGCUGUAUCUCAAACAGGAGUCAGGUUCUACUUGACCGUAGUGAAUCUUUCCAACAUGCACCCGAACCAGCGUCCGUACACGCUCACUCUCGUGCACGUGCGUUUACCACCCGGCUAUUCCGCUAAUAUCACGGUGCGGCCACGUGCAGUCCACGUGUCUCACUACAGAGACAGGAACAUCGUGCUGAUAUCGACGGUGAACGAGAAGGACGUGUUGUGGUGUAUCAGUUCGGAUUUGUUUCCGUUCAAUCAAACGCUCACAGAAGCUUAUACGGCUGUCAAUCUCGAUGGACCUGCGUUGGCGAUCGCCGAGGUCCGUCACGAUACCCACCUCUACAGCCUCACCGACCAAGAACUGCCGCCCUUAGUCGUACGUCAACAUAUGGAACCACCGAAACGCUACGUAGUCCUGACCUCACACGGCGUCCAAAUCUUCACCAAACUCCGACCUGUUGACCUCUUGAGAGAGAUCCUCCGAGAAGGCAGAGGAGGUGACACCGAGACGCUGAAGGCGUUCUUUGCCAUCCAAAAAGAGGAUCAGGCUUGCGCUACUGCGUUGAUUUUGGCGUCGUUGACGAAUGACGAAAAUAAGGAGGUUGCCGAGUUUGCUACCAGGGCGUUCUUCGUCUACGGGGGAGAGCCCAAAUUGAUACCUAUGCCUCCUGCGAAUAUAUUUUCAACCACGACGCCUUUCAUGCCCCAUAUAGUCUCAACGCCAGCUCCUCACCAUUUCCAGCAACAACAACAUUUACCCCCGACCCCCAGCAUGUCGCAGUCGCUAGCCCCGCACGGAGUAACGUACGAAGUGGCGUCUCCUUUUAUUUUCUCGCCAAAACACAACGGACUCUACCUCUACCUCAGCAGGAUUUUGAGGCCGGUGUGGAGCAGAAGAUGCGUCGAGAGGUUAGUUGUGGACUACAGGACGUUUACGUGCCAAAGCUCUAUCACGAACGAAGACUGCGUCCUGAUCCUGAACUGCUUAUCCGCGCUGCACAAUUUCCUGACUAUAAACACGCAGUUGUCAACAGUAGUUCCGAAUUCUUCCACGAUCAACAUCAGCACUUCAGUGGACACAACGGCCACUGUGACAAGAGGCAGUUGUACGGUGCAAGAUGCUCAAAUGGAAGAAAGACAGUCGCUCAAUGCUUUAAGGGCGUUCGUGUCUCAUUGCUGUCAGAUUAUUGGUAUGUGGAGGAUUCUUUGCGAACACCAGAUCCACACGCUGAUAGCUACUCUUCCGGAAAAUCAGCAACAGAUUCUACAAAACAGCACCUUUAAGGAGAUGUUCAUGUACAGGGUAGAUAUUUGUUCAGCCUUGAUCACUGCUUUAAUCAACAGCUAUUUAGGUGACAAUGCUUCGGUUGAUUCAAUCAGUAACAAACUGAGAGAAGUUUGUCCGAAUUUGUACAGGACUGAAGAUGCCGCAUUUUCUAAGGCUCACGAGCUACUCAAAACUACCAGAUCGGUGCAGAACGUGGACGAAAAGGAAGAAAUGAUCCUGAAUGCGCUUCAAAUCUGCAAGAACAUCGCCCCGAAUGUAAACCUGAACGAAGUUUGUAGAGAAUUCAUAGCUUUGAAAGCUUACAAGGGUAUUAUCGAGCUUUGCGCUCAUUGCGCCAAAGCUGUAGAUCCUGACAAGAUUGCGGAAAGUUACUAUCAUUCUGAUAAUGAUGCGGAUCAAGAAGGACUCGCGUAUUAUCAAAAAAGGAUGGAAAUCUAUGGACAAAUAUUGAACAUGCUAGAAUAUUUAUACAAUGAGCAACCACCGUCUAUAUCAUGUGAUUCGUAUCAUUCCGGGCAAGAUGGAAGUCAAACCCAUGUGGGAUCAACUUUGCAACAAGUGAUAAACGAUAUACUGGAAUGUCCCGAUGAAAUCAUGCACAUAGCCCUAUACGAAUGGAUGGUAUCCAAAAAUAUGACGAACGAUCUGAUUAAAAUCAGCAACGCCUCGUUAGAAAUGUACUUGAAACGACACUCUGCUCAAAGCCCCAAUAGCACAGCGACAAUGGACCUACUUUGGAAAUACUACGAGAGUAACAAUAAUCAUGCUGCCGCCGCGAAGAUUUUGAACAGUUUGGCUUCCAGAACUGGCUCUUCUCUUGCGCUAAAAGAAAGGAUAGCAUACUUGGCCAGAGCGAUAAUGUGCAUGAGGAGUGACAAAGUUGGAUACGCGCCGUAUCUGGGAGUUUUCCUCAGAGAUCUUGAAGACAAAAUGGAAGUAGCUAAAGUCCAGGAGCUAAUUUUGGACACUAUCACGAGCAUGCAGGGACAGAUACCAAAUGCCCAGGAAGCGAUAACUGUUUUAAAUUCGGGAUUGUUUGAAAUAUCUCAGUUGUAUGAGAAUUUCGCCGAACCACUUAAGCUUCUAGAAUGUCAGCUGGCGAUCAUAGACUGUGCUGGAUACACAGACAAUGCACUGAUAGAAUCAAUAUGGCAGCAGAUUCUGUCAGAUGAACUGAAGAAGUCUAGUGGUAGCGGAAACGAUAGAGUAUGUCAAGUGUUGAUGAAAGUCAAGCAUUUAGCUAGAUAUUACGGAAGUUCUGCGCACUGUUUCCCUCUAAAUUAUAUUGUUUAUGAACUGGAAAGAGUGAAUGCCCGACUGAAAGGUGACAAGCACCUGGUUCCAAAUGCGUUAAUUGCGAUGAAUCUGCCAUAUGAAAAACUUAUUACUGUAUAUAAUAAUUUAAUCACUUUAUCGGUAAACGAUCACUUUUGGCAAAUAGAAGAGAACGAGUUUCAUCUAGCAGAAGCUGCCGCAGCUUUGAUAUCCUGCUUUGUCAAUAACCACGGUAGUUACAACAGUGUUGAAAAGAGGAAAAUUACGUCGAUUUGUCAGGACACAGUUGCGGCAUUGUUGUCAAACUUGUACAGUAAACCAAAUUCAGAUCAUCUGGUAAACAGAUUGCGGGGGAUUCAAGCGAAAAUGUCUAGAAUUUAGGUUUUAAAUUGUGAAUUUUUCUAUAAGUAUCAAAUUUUGUUAUCUUUAUUAUGUACUGUCUAUUUUUUAAGAUUAAAUAAAUGUUCGUACCUUUUUACGAA